AUGAUCUCUCUUUCUGCUCAUAAAUAUGGCAACAACAUCAUGCAUAUCUCUCUCUCUCUCUCUCUCUGUUUUUCUGUUGUCUGGGCCUGUUCCUUAAAUUACUAUAGACCAUACAAAUGGAAAUUGUUUGAAAUUGAAAUUAUAUAUUUUUUACUUUUUUCUUACUUUUCUGUUUUUUCUUUUUCUCUUUUUUUCUUUUUUUCUUUUUCCUUUUCUCUUUUUUUUCUUUUCCCUUUUUUCUUUUUCUUUUCUUUUUUCUUUUUUUUCUUUUUCUUUUCAUUUUUCUUUUUUCUUUUCCCUUUUUUCCUUUUUUCUUUUUUCUUUUCUUUUUUCUUUUCUUUUUUUUCUUCUUUUUCUUUUCUUUUUUCUUCUUUUUUUUCUUUUUUUUCAUCUUUUUUCUUCUUUCUUUCUUCUUUCUUUUUUCUUCUUUUUUCAAGUUCCUUAAUCCAUUUCCUUCACCAAACAGCACCCACUUUCUAUCAGGAGACUCUUUUUACUAUACCUUUUUCUCUAUCUCUCUCUCUAAUCUCUUCUCUCUUGAUCAACUUUUUCUCCUCUCCCUUUACUAUCACUUUGUUUCUCUCACAUCCACUCUUCUUCUCUCUUGACAUAACAUACUUUUUCUUCUUCAGUCUCUUUUCUCUCUCUUUACCAUCACUUCAUCUUUCUCUUCCAGUGUCACUCUCUUUAUUAUAA